AUGUCGGGCAAAAUAUUCGGAUCUUUUGCAAGGAUCCCAAAAAAGAAAAAAUUCGAUAAUGAUGAUAUGCUGGAUGCAUCAAAUUCUAGUGCAAACGAAAAAGAUUUCUCAUCUGCGAACUUAAAUUCUCGAGGAAGAUUUUCUUCACAUGAUAAUCAAUUAACAAGUGCAGAUAAAGAAACAAGAACGAGUAUGUAUUUAUCAAAUAGAAGUUUUAAAUCAAAAGAAAACGAUACUUCCAGUCAAUCAGGUCCAAAUUCAGGAAAUGAUCAUAAGUCAGGAAGCCAAGUCGAUAAAUCAUCUGGUUCAUCAGGUACUAUGGUAAAAAGUUCUAUUAUUUUCCAUGAUUUUAAGCGCAACGAUAGAAAAGAAGUUCCUGAAUUUGAACCAGUAAAGAAAAGCGAUUCUCUCACCAGUAUUGAGUUUACAAUUAAUGAUGAUCCUUCCACAUUUGUACCUCUCAUUUCCCAGCCUUUAAGACAAAGGCUGGAAAUUAAUUUGCCAAUAAAUGAAUACAAUGCUGCUCGUUUACAAACAACUUUAGGCAUUAAUAGUACGAGUGAUCGAAUUGAAGACUUAGAAAACACUACAGCUUCUGCAGAAGAGCAAAUUAAUACAAUUCAUAAUAAAAUGGAAGAAGUUAUGAUUAAAUCACAAAUACUAAACCAAACUGCUCAAGUUGUAUCACAAAAACUGACUGCUCUUAAUGAACUUGCGGAUUCUCUCGAUAAAUCUCAAGAAAAUACAUUUAUUUAUUCAUUUGGAUGGAUUGUUUGGGUACUAUCAGUCAUUUCACAGCUUCUUAGCUAUAUUUACCAAGGAAUCCGUAAACAAAAUUUGAGAUCUUCUAAUAAACCUGUCGUUCAGGAAAAAGAAGAAACAAAGAAUUCUUAA